AGUGAGAAACCCUAUUUUUGGUUGUUGAGAGAGAUACUGAGACAUAGAGAGCGCGGCAUAACCUAAACCUAUCAAUCUUCUCUCUCUCUCUAUCUGUGUCUGUGUGUGUGCAUCAACCACAACGUGAAGCCGCCAUGGCCACCGCAAGAACAGUGAAGGACGUUUCUCCCCACGAGUUCGUCAAGGCUUACUCUGCUCACCUCAAGCGAUCUGGCAAGAUGGAGUUGCCAGAGUGGACUGAUAUUGUGAAGACUGCAAGAUUUAAGGAAUUGGCUCCUUAUGAUCCUGACUGGUACUACGUUAGAGCUGCUUCCAUGGCAAGGAAGAUCUAUUUGAGAGGAGGACUUGGUGUUGGUGCAUUUCAGAGGAUUUAUGGUGGGAGCCAGAGGAAUGGUAGCCGACCUCCUCAUUUCUGUAAGAGCAGUGGUGCCAUUGCUCGUCACAUUCUUCAACAGUUGCAGAGCAUGAACAUCAUUGAAUUGGACACCAAGGGUGGAAGGAAAAUUACCUCCAGUGGCCGGCGGGAUCUUGACCAAGUGGCUGGACGGAUCGUGGUUGCACCUUGAUCUGUGAACUGCCGAUGAGAGCUAGCCUGCUUCCAUGAGGCAUAUUGAGGUUUUGGGUUCUUGUUAGAGAGAUGUGAUGAUAACAGAUUAUGCUCAAGUUUUGAUUUUAGACCGAGUGUCUUUUAUGUGUUGGACAUGCUUAAUGUUAUGUUGCUUCUGCUCUUUUAGAUGAUACUGCCACAUUUAAUUUUGAGGUGUUUUUGAGAUUUUUGAACAUUCUUGUUCCUUCUGUGUCAUUUACGUAAGAAAUGAAAAGUAAGGGUAAAUUGGAUUAGACUACUCAUCAUUGUAUUAUGAUGUCAA